AUGCCGGCACGAGAGCUGGGUAGCUCUUUUGAUGCUCCAAACGGAGUCCAGCUACUCCGAAAGCACAAAGUCCUACCUCAUCCUGGACAAGCGCGUCUUCCUGAAUUAUACCCUUCGACCCCUGCACCGAAACCGCGAGACCUCGUAAUAGACACAGGAAUACCAUCGAUACCCAGUUCAGCUACAUCGAGUCCGCAUACCCUGAAGCAUGCGUCUAAGAAGAUUGGAGGUCUGCCAUCGCCGCCUCACUCUCGUCAGUCAUCGGGAAGCCAUUCAAUCAACGCCUCAAGAUACGACGUGGCAUCUUCCAAGAACUCUGGAAAUAUUCCAUCUAUUCCUAGCACUCCACCAAAUCAAAAAAGCCCGCCAACUCCAGAUGUGACCCCUCCACGACCUAUGCCUUUAGCAUUUCGACCCCCAGCGAGCGAUCGAUACCCCUCAUCGCGCACAGACUCUUUCAAGACUGCCCCAGAGAAUCCUUAUUCUUCGGACGAAGAUGAAGUCUCUACAGUCCGGCCAGGUUUAGCAUCCGUAAGGCAGUCCGCGUUGGAAGUCCCACAGUUUUUAGGAAAACCGCAUAAACGAAAAGAAGUGGGUUUGGGGUUGGGACUCGAGUCGGACAACGAAGGAACAACCACACCUCGGGCAGAAUCCCCACAGCCGGAAUUUAAUGUCUUUGACGGGGAAUGGGGAUCUGAAACAAGUGAAGUGGAACGGGAAUGGGAUCAUAAUCUCAUGCGGAAUGUAACAGUACGCAAAAGGCCUGGACGACGACUACAUAUGUUUACAGAGGAGGCCAAUGAAGAAGUCAUCGAAGACGAUCUCGUGUCACCCACAAACGCUACGAAAGUCGUUCGAACUCUGCCUCUACAUGAGAAAAUCCCUCGCCAUCGAUUAGAAAGAGAAGCAGACCGGUUACCUAAAGAGACGAAACGUGCCACGUCGUCGCCUUUGGUCAGAAGAGAUAUUGAAUUGCCUAAAACUCCAGACAUCAGAAGAUUAUCAGCUAUGUCUGGACGCUCAGGGACCUCGGCCGUUGUUGAAGCAAUCGUGGUCGACGCACCACCAACACGGCGGAAGACCCUAAGACAUACGAAAAAGCAACUUGGCUUGAGGGACUUCAGUUCUGACCAGUCGACACUGAGCUCAACCCCAAACUCUGUAGUGUCCACUUCGCUCUCGAGUGAAUUGCACCGUGAUUCAAGACAUCGAUUGCAUCACUCGGCUGGCAAGAUCCCCGAGACACGGCAUCGAAGCCUGGCUUCCAACGUGACAGUCAGUACGGCAUCGUCAAGUGGGAGAUCUCGCCGAGAAGUCCUGAAGAGUGGAGGGAUUCCUGUGGUUGUCAUUCCAGAGCGACGCUCUUCCGCAAAGUCCUCAAAGGAACACUCUUUGCGAUCCACUAGCAGUCACAAGAGCAAACGAAGCAACUCGCUUACCUCGGCACCUUUAUCGCAAUCAUCGAAGUUCAAUGGACCAGGAUAUAUGGAUUCUGUUGCGCCCCGUAAGAGGACCAUGUCCGAAUCCGCUGGGGAUAGAGAGUCAAUUCGUACAAUCGACUUUCCACCCAAUAUCCCAGCUAGGAGAUCAUCUCUGUCUGCCCCAACAAGCCGAAACACUUCUAGGGCCGGAUCUUUGACGGCCGAAAGCCUAAAAGCUCACAACAUGAUCCAAGCAAAGAAGCACGAAGCGCCAGAGCCUAUGCAACUCCACACAGCUGGUUCACAAAAAGAUUUGUUAAGUCCUAAUCGGCUGAACGUCGAUCAUAACGGAGAUCCUUUCUUUGGAAAUCGACUAUCAACACAAGUCACCCCGUUCUCCCAGGUAUCAUAUGAGACUGCAGGCACAUCUGUGGAAGUUUCAAACGCAAUGGCUGUUAGCAUCUUCCCUCAUCAGAACAAGUCGGUACUCGUUGUUCAACAGACUGCCCCCCCUGAAUCGUCUUCGUCUGCUUCAAAGUCGAUUGGAGCUGCCGAGCCUGAACCGCCUACGUUGACUCUCAAUGACAGAGACACCGGUCGCAUCACUCCUCGUCAGCCAAUUCAUCGAAUGGAUGAAGUUGAUUCACCGCUCCGAAACCCUCGUGCGCCUCCGGAGCCCCCGAAAAUUGCUUUUAUCCCGCCAACACCCGUUGUACUUACACCAGGGCAAGAGGAAGAUCGUCAGCUGGGCUAUACUCUGGAUGAGCCACCUGUUAGUUCCGAUAGUAAGUCUAAGCGAGGACUGUCACUUGUCCGCCGAGCUUUCAGCAACCGACGGAACUCAGAAUCGACAAUUAAUCAUCGCCCCGGUCUACUGAAACGCACACUGUCAUUGAGCGGUCGGCGAAAGGAUUUAGCCAAUAAAGCCACCCAGCAGGCACAAGGCAAUGCAAUUACUACCUAUCCUUCGGUAGUCGACCAACCCGCAGAUGAUAGCAAAUUGCAUCCUUUCUGGCGGCCAUCUCAUUUCUGGGAUGAUCUGGACAACGAUUUCGCGGACGAUGAACUUGUAGGUGGUUAUCCGAUGAUUGACAACAGACCGAGUCCGCCGAAGCGGAGCUUGAGUGGGAAACUUAAGCGUACUUUCGCUAUCUUGCCGAUUCAAGAUGACUUCGAACAUCAACCGUAUUCUAUGGAUCGGAGGGAGAUGCGAAGGGGCUCUAGUGGUGAUUUGAGGGUUGUGAAACAGAGAAGCAAUUCCAGCUUGAGGCGGGAGGCUUAUGAUAGAAGGCAGUAUGUAGAGGUACCGGAGGGAACCUUUGGACAUGGUUUCAAGAAUGGAAAUGGUGGUAGGAGUUUCCAUACUAUUCCGGGUCUUGGAGUCCGAGUUGAAUAUGUUGGAUGGAGUGGGAUGAAGCGAAGACUCAGCGAAAAGAGGAGAAGGCAGAGAAGUGAAAAGCUUAGGGCCACGAUCAGUACCCCACGGCAAGUUCAGAGCGGCGUCGAUGAUGUCUUGAGGCAGAGGCGGGGGAGUCAGAUCUAA